GCGUCACUUGCUGGAUCGCAGCCUGCGCUUACAGUUCUGUCCAUUGUAUUGUUUUGCUGGAUUUUCUUCUGCGUUUCGGAGCACAGUUGUGUUGUAGAGCGCCGAGUAUGGGCGAUGAGCAGGAGAUCAUGUGUAAGCUGGAGAGCAUCAAGGAGAUCAGGAACAAGACUCUUCAGAUGGAGAAGAUAAAGGCUCGCUUGAAAGCAGAGUUUGAGUCUCUGGAGUCGGAGGAGAGGCACCUGAAGGAGUAUAAGCAAGAAAUGGAUCUUCUACUUCAGGAAAAAAUGGCUCAUGUAGAAGAGCUGAGGCUUAUACAUGCUGAUAUCAAUGUGAUGGAAAACACAAUCAAGCAGUCCGAGAAUGACCUGAACAAACUGCUAGAGUCCACCCGACGCCUGCAUGAAGAAUACAAACCUUUGAAAGAGCAUGUAGAUGCCCUGAGAAUGACUCUUGGUCUACAGAGGCUUCCGGACCUGUGUGAAGAAGAGGAAAAGCUGUCUCUGGACUAUUUUGAAAAACAGAAAGCCGAGUGGCAAACAGAGCCCCAGGAGCCACCUAUACCAGAAUCCCUGGCAGCAGCCGCCGCAGCUGCCCAGCAGCUACAAGUAGCCAGAAAGCAGGAUACCAGACAGACAGCUACAUUCCGCCAGCAGCCGCCUCCCAUGAAGGCCUGCUUGUCUUGUCACCAGCAGAUCCAUCGCAAUGCCCCCAUUUGCCCACUCUGCAAAGCAAAGAGUCGUUCUCGAAAUCCAAAGAAGCCAAAACGGAAGCAAGAUGAAUAGAAGAUUGUAGCCUCUUCUAAACGAGAAGUCCCUUUCCCCUUCCAUACUUUCUAGUAACAAUGUAACCUUGCUCGCCCUGAAGCCUGUGAAACCUUGAACAGAACGUGUGGUGUUUUUCUAUUUAACGUGUUGUAAGCACAAUGGGCCUGUUUUUUUACCGUGGUGCAGUUUUAGCAUAAAACAGCUGCAAAACUACAGCCAAAUAUUGUACCUGUUUUCUGCUGCAGCCAUACAUUCCCAGUGUUUGUUGUAAUUUUUAUUUUA